CUAUAUAAAAUCCCCAAUUCAACAAUUUAGGGCUUCCCAUUGCCGCCUCUGACCCAAAAACCCAAUCCCAAAUCCUAAUCCGCCGCCGCCGUCGUCCGUGCAUUCUUCAAUUCCAGCAAUGGCGCAGGAACAGCUGGUCCUCCGCGGCACAAUGCGCGCCCACACCGACUGGGUGACCGCCAUCGCCACCCCAAUUGACAACUCCGACAUGAUCGUCACCGCCUCCCGCGACAAAUCCAUCAUCGUCUGGUCCCUCACCAAAGAAGACCGCUCCUACGGCGUCGCCCGCCGCCGCCUCACCGGCCACUCUCACUUCGUCCAGGACGUCGUCCUCUCCUCCGAUGGCCAGUUCGCCCUCUCCGGCUCCUGGGACGGCGAGCUCCGCCUCUGGGACCUCGCUGCCGGCACCACCGCCCGCCGCUUCGUCGGCCACACCAAGGACGUCCUCUCCGUCGCCUUCUCCGUCGACAACCGCCAGAUCGUCUCCGCCUCCCGCGACAAGUCGAUUAAGCUCUGGAACACCCUCGGCGAAUGCAAGUACACCAUCCAGGACGCCGACGCCCACUCCGAUUGGGUCUCCUGCGUCCGAUUCUCCCCCAAUACGUUGCAGCCGACGAUUGUCUCUGGAUCCUGGGAUCGGACGGUUAAGAUUUGGAAUUUGAGCAACUGUAAAUUGAGAUCUACUCUCGCUGGCCACUCUGGGUAUGUGAACACUGCGGCGGUGUCUCCCGAUGGCUCGCUUUGCGCGAGUGGGGGUAAGGAUGGGGUGAUUUUGCUGUGGGAUUUGGCGGAGGGGAAGAAGUUGUACUCGCUGGAUGCGGGAUCGAUUAUCCAUUCGUUGUGCUUUAGCCCGAACAGGUACUGGCUGUGUGCGGCCACGGAGUCGAGCAUCAAGAUUUGGGACUUGGAGAGCAAGAGUGUUGUGGUGGACCUUAAGGUUGAUUUGAAGCAUGAGAGCGAGAUGGUUGCCGAUGGAGCACAAACUGCCGCUGGAAAAACUAAGGUGAUCUAUUGCACUAGUCUAAACUGGAGCGCAGAUGGAAGCACGCUUUUCAGUGGAUAUACAGAUGGAGUGGUGCGAGUUUGGGGCAUUGGACGAUACUAAAGCCUACUGUGAGUCCUUUUAGUUAUUAGAUUGAAGCUAAGAGGUCGUCGGACUCUCUGUUUUUAUGCUUUUGUUGUUUCUACUACGACUUUUAAACGAUAAUUGUUUUUCUUAAUUUAAAUCCGUUUACAAUUCUGAA